AUGGGCCUAGCCUGGGGCCCGGGCCGGGGGCCGCCGCCACUGCUGCUGUUUCUGGGAGCCACGCUGGUGUUCGCCACUGGAGCCGCGCCGGCGCGUGAAGGGGGCAGCGCAGUCGAGGCAGAGGAACCGGUAAAGAGCGCCCUGGCAUGGGAGCAGCGCGCCAACGGCACGCAGGAGGGGACCGGCCUGCCAGUGACUGAAGACGAGGCCGCGUGGACUGCGCCCACUGACGACCUGACCGCUGCACGCUCGGGGGUCGGGCCUGAGGAGGCUCUAGAAGCAUCAGUCGCCGUGACAGGUGCCGCUUGGCUGGAGACAGACAGCCCCAGCCUAGACGGAGUGACAGCUGAAGUGGGCAGUGGAGAUGCCCAGCCCCUUCCGGCCACACUCCCAGCUCCUGAUGAGGCCCUUGAGCGGUCAUCAAUACCCUCUGCCACCCUUGAGGCUAGCGGACCACCCUCCCCCACCCCUGGUAACAAGCCAAGCCCAGGCCCUGAACUCCCCAAGGAGAGCCCCUUGGAGGUUUGGCUGAACCUAGGAGGCAGUUCACCUGGCUCUCAUGGACCAGAGCCCACAUACCCUUUUCAGGGCACAGUGGAGCCCCAGCCAGCCUCAGAUAUAAUUGACAUUGACUACUUCGAAGGAUUGGAUGGAGAGGGCCGUGGUGCCGACCUGGGAAGUUUCCCAGGGCCACUAGGAACCUCAGAGCACCACCCCGACACUGACACUGGGGUAGAGACCCCUUCAUGGAGCUUACUUGACUUAUAUGAUGACUUUACCCCCUUUGAUGAAUCUGAUUUUUACCCCACCACCUCAUUCUAUGACGACUUAGAUGACGAGGAGGAGGAAGAAGACGAUGACAAGGAUGCAGUGGGAGGUGGUGACCUGGAAGAUGAAAGUGUCCUUUUGGUGCCUACCAAGAAGCCUGGCCUGGGUCCAGGGGCAGGCCAGCCCACUAGUCGGUGGCAUGCUAUCCCCCCACAUCACACUCUGGGGAUAGUCCCUGGCAGCAGUAUUGCCCUAAGGCCCCGCCCUGGGGAGCCAGGCAGGGACCUGGCCCUAGGCGAGAAUGGCACUCAGUGUCGCAGUGGCUUUGUUCGACAUAACAGUUCCUGCCGGUCAGUGUGCGACCUCUUCCCAAGUUACUGUCAUAAUGGCGGCCAGUGUUAUCUGGUGGAGAACAUAGGGGCCUUCUGCAGGUGCAACACGCAGGACUACAUCUGGCACAAGGGAAUGCGCUGUGAAUCCAUCAUUACUGACUUCCAGGUGAUGUGCGUGGCCAUUGGCUCAGCUGCCCUUGUGCUUCUCCUGCUCUUCAUGAUGACAGUGUUCUUUGCCAAGAAGCUCUAUCUGCUCAAGACAGAGAAUACCAAGCUGCGUAGGACCAACAGAUUCCGGACCCCAUCUGAGCUCCACAACGACAACUUCUCCCUGUCCACCAUUGCGGAGGGCUCUCAUCCAAAUGAUGAUCCAAGUGCUCCCCACAAAAUCCAGGAAGUUCUCAAGUCUUGUCUGAAAGAGGAGGAGUCCUUUAACAUCCAGAAUUCCAUGUCGCCCAAACUUGAGGGUAGCAAAGGUGACCAGGCUGACUUGGAUGUGAACUGUCUGCAGAAUAACUUAACCUGA